UCCUCCAGUAUUUUGUGUGUGUUCAUGUCAAUCUCUUGCUCCUCCCCUUCUCAAAAUAUCGUCACGGAGGAAUUUUAAAACCCGGAUAAGAAAUUAAUUAUUUUUACCAAAAAGGCUAAAUGUUAUGUAUUCACUUGGGAUAGCUUAGCCAGUGUUGAGUCUUUGUUGAUGCCGAAUCGUGCCCCAGCUCCGUGACCGGGUGUGCCGACACUGCUCUCUGCGUGACAGUGAACGGGGCAGUCUCCCAGAGCAGGUCCGGCACCGAACGGUCGGGAACGGGCAUGGGUCGGGUGAGUGCCAGCACCGGAAAACUUCAUUCCCGGGUUGAGAAGCCUGGCUCACCCCUCAGCCUCCGAAUAUUUUUACUCGUUCAACUUUUCUGGCUUCUGCUCCAGCCUGGUGUGAUCGGUGCCGAAGCUGAAAGGGAAGAAGUGGUUGGUGUCCUUGGUUCAUCAGUUUCACUGGACCCUAAUACCACCGUUGAUUCCAGCAAGAAUGAAAUCCUUUGGACUUUCAAAGCCAGCAACAAAAGCGAAUAUGACAUUUUGGAUCACAUCCCAAGUCACGCCGCAUCAGAACCAAGCGAACAGUUCAAGGACCGUUUACAAUUCAACGCUUUGAGUGGUGCACUGACGAUAAGCGGAUUAAAUGCCAGUGACCAAGGAGAUUACACCUUCUCUGUUGAUGGGAAAGAGUUGAAAAUAAUGGAGUUGCUUGUCAUUGAUAAGCUGUCAAAACCUUCAAUCUGGAUCAACGGCAGCUCUCUGCAUUCCACCAUCCAGCUCAGCUGUAAUGUUGAUGGAGAUUCUCCGUGCUACCAAUGGCGGAAAGAUGGAAGAGAGGUCUCCCAGGAUCAGUUGAUGGAUGGUAACAAAAGCCUUGUUAUCCGGAGCGCUUCCAGAAGUGACUGUGGAACUUACACCUGUAAUGUCACCAACCCUGUCAGCUCUGUCCAGGCAAACUACUCGCUAACUAUUCACGGUCUUCUUCUGGCAGAUAUUAUCAUUCUGGUAUCAUCGAUUACUGGAAUAAUAUCUUCCACAGUAUCAUUAACCGGAUUGAUUAUACUGUACUAUUUCAGCAGAGAAUUGAAAGAGGGAUCACAAAAGCCCCUGUUUAUAUGUAAUGAUCUGUCUCUAGCUACCAUCUCUAUUGCCCUCAUUUUCCGGAUUGGAAUAAAAGGAGCUGCCUCUGAACCAGUCGUCGUUUUAGUCGUUGUGUUUGCCCUGCUGGCUUUCAACGUGUGCUUGGCUAUCAGCUUUUGGAACUUGGGCUGUGAGUGUAUCAGAAAGUUCAUAGACUGCACAGAUUUGCGAACUUUGAUUAACUUCUGUGGCAUCAUGAGUUCCAUCAUUGUGCUCGUCUUUUCCAUCGUCAUCCUUGCUGAGGAGAUUCAUCAAAGCAAUCGAGGUUGUCAUGUCACAUACCUAACCUGGAGCACCCUGUCCCUGUUGUUCACUGUUGUUGCUAUAAUCUUCUCUGCAUGUUUUACAGUAUUGUGGAAAGGAGGUGAAGGUUCAAGCAGAGAAUCAGAACAUCAAGUAACACCACAGGAAGAAGAUGAGGGACAAGCAAGAAAUAAAAGGAUCGGGAUUACAGCAGGUGAAAUAACAGCACUGGAAUUAGUCCUGUCACAGCAUGGACUUUACCCUGAAGAGGGAUUAUUGUCUGGACAUACCGGAGACUAGUUACAGAAGAAGAAGACAUCUCUCGAUAAAAGACAUACACAUUGCUGGUUUCUGGCCCCGCGGUGCGAGAAGAGUUCGGGGUCCCCGGGCUUUGAAGGGUCUCUGACUUCACUUUAGGUUUGGGGCAGCAGCGGUCCCG